GCGUUUUUUACUGCAGAACGGCUCCUGGACUUUAGCCAAUAAGAAGUCGACCUCGUUUCCCUCCAGUGGCAGUCAUGGCGCCACCCGUGAGGUACUGCAUUCCGGGCGAACGUCUGUGUAACUUGGAGGAGGGCAGCCCGGGCAGCGGCACCUACACCCGCCACGGCUACAUCUUUUCGUCGCUUGCUGGCUGCCUGACUAAGAGCAGCGACAACGGAGCGCUUCCUGUCAUUUCUGUGAUGAGAGAAACAGAAUCCCAAUUACUGCCAGAUGUGGGAGCUAUUGUAACCUGUAAGGUCUCUAGCAUCAAUUCACGCUUUGCCAAAGUGCACAUCCUAUAUGUGGGGUCCACACCACUUAAGAACUCUUUUCGAGGAACUAUCCGCAAGGAAGAUGUUCGAGCUACUGAAAAAGACAAGGUUGAGAUUUAUAAGAGUUUCCGCCCAGGUGACAUUGUCCUGGCCAAAGUGAUCUCGCUGGGUGACGCACAGUCCAACUACCUCCUGACCACUGCUGAAAAUGAGCUUGGGGUAGUGGUGGCCCACAGUGAGUCGGGUGUCCAGAUGGUUCCCAUUAGCUGGUGUGAGAUGCAGUGCCCUAAGACUCACACUAAAGAAUUCCGGAAAGUGGCCCGAGUACAGCCUGAAUUCUUGCAGACCUAAGAAGCUACAUUUUACCCCCCAGGGAGGGGUAAGCUGUUUCCAAGAGGAUGUGUGUGAACCCAACAUCAGGAUGCCACGGUCUUUAUUCACAUACCUUGGGUUGGCCAACAACCACCUUUAGAAAUAUCUACCAGCAACUUUAACUGUCCGAAUAUUUUUCUAAGGAAUCUUGCAAUGGAUUUCGUUCUCUUGAGUGAUCACUUUCUCUUUUGGAGGUGCCAGCAAAUGAACUGUAUAAUGUUGGAAGUAAUCUGUUCCUUCUGACAGUCUUACAAAUACAUAUUUUUUGUGUGACAAAACA